CUUCGUCUCGCGCUGGUUGUGGCUGCUAUUUCAGCAAUAAUCAGCGAACGGAAAAACAAAGAGGGUCUUUGUUGUAUAUAUUGAAAUGAAUUAUUGAGCUGCUUCUGUUUCUAUUAUUUCAUACUUUCCCGUCAAUUGGACCUUGGUGGAGUGGUUUGACUUACCGUCUGGCGAUCCAAUAGCAAGCCUUCAGGUGAUCCUUGGGGAGUCUGCGGAAGGCGAUUUCAUUACUGUAUACUUACUACAUAUGCUAAAAUUAGAUUCUUGCAAAAGCGAAAAGUGCAGUUGUUAAUAAGAUGGAGAAUGAAAAUGAUGUGAAUCAUGGAGAUGAUGUGAAUGACAUAGAAAACGAAGGUCCAGUGGAUAGGAAGGACAAUGGGAGGUACUGGUCAGAGUUUUCUGAAAGAAACAUGACAUAUACAGAGCCACUUCUGGUGAAGAGGAUCAACACCACCUCGCAGAUCGCCAUAGUUGGUGCCAACCUUAGCCCCAUUGAAAGCCUUGAUUAUGAGAUAUUUGAGAAUGAAAUAUUUAAACAGGACUGGAGAUCAAGGAGCAAGAUUCAGAUAUUCCAGUAUGUGAUACUUAAGUGGGCAUUUGCUGCUCUUAUUGGAUUAGGCACUGGUCUACUUGGCUUCCUCAAUAAUAUUGCCGUUGAGAAUAUUGCUGGUUUCAAGCUGCUUCUGGCGUCCAACCUCAUGUCCCAGCACAGAUACAUUCUAGCAUUUGUGGCAUUAGCUGGUUGCAAUAUAGGUUUAGCAGCGGCGGCUGGAUCUCUUUGUGCUUUCAUUGCUCCAGCUGCAGCAGGCUCUGGUAUUCCUGAGGUGAAAGCCUAUCUCAAUGGUAUUGAUGCUCAUAAUAUACUGGCUCCAACCACUCUUUUUGUGAAGGUUUUUGGUGCCAUCCUUGGAGUUUCUGCUGGAUUUGCGGUGGGCAAAGAGGGGCCUAUGGUACACACAGGUGCAUGCAUUGCUUCCUUGUUAGGGCAGGGUGGAUCGCGCAAGUAUCGCUUGACUUGGAUGGGGCUAAGAUAUUUCAAAAAUGAUCGAGACCGGCGAGACAUGAUUACUUGUGGCGCUGCAGCUGGUGUUGCUGCUGCAUUUCGUGCUCCAGUAGGUGGUGUUCUCUUUGCCCUUGAAGAGGCCGCUUCCUGGUAUCUAUUUCUACUGCAAUUGUGCUAUUAUGCUUCCUUUUCUGACUUUAAUUUUUUUGCGAAUUUAUAUUUGAUUACUGUUUGACAUCUGGCUUAAACUAGGCAGUAAUGCAACUAUAAAAUUUCUUUAUCAAUCUUCCAAUUUCUUGGAUAUACUCAAUGCAGAGUGAGUGGUAGAAUAUUGAUAGAUGUUUAAUAUGGGGUAAAAAUAGAUCAGUGUAUGACCUAUCAUUAGAACCAUGAAUCUCAAAUAAAUGUUGGCACUGGGAAAAAAAAUCCAGCCUGCAAAGGUUUUUUAAUGAUAAAUAGUAGUUUAUAAAUAUUAGCUUCAGUAAUCUCUUUGCUCUUCAUCUGUUGCUUUAAUGGAACGACCU